AUGUCUCAGGCCGGUAUUCACAGCAAAAUAUCACAGGUCCUAGGAGAUGUUGCGAAUUUAGAAAGCUCGGGACUUAUUGCUCAGGCCGUGGACCAGGAAGUUCUAGAGAAGGAAAUUACUUUAAAGGCAGACCAGGCGAUUGCUGGCAGAGAGAAUGAGCUUGAUGAGAAACGAUUAGAAAAGGCCAACAAUGAAAAAGAGAAACUUGUGUAUUCCCUUGGAAGGGUUCACGAAAAGCUCAAUCAUACGAGAACGAAGCACAGUGAAAAGCCAGAACUUCGUGUACAGAUCAUGGAGCUCCAAGAGAAGACAGAUGCACUCGAUCAUGAUAUAGCAGACAUAAAAGCUCGUAUUAGUGCCCGCCAUAGCAAAGUGGCUGGACUUUUAACUGCUCCAAUUUUAGCAGCUGCUGAAAGAUUGCCUACUGAAACCGAAAGAGAAUUCCUUAUCAGAACUGGUAAAAUUACGCCAUUUGCGCAAGUACCCGGCGCGGAGAGGUCCAAUUUAGACAUCAAGAGGGACGUUGAUGGCUCUCUCUCCAAUUCGAUGGCUAAGAUGUCACAUCAGAAUCUGAGAAGACCGGGUUUUCAAGAAGAUAUAUCUCUUGACUAUGAGGAGAGUUCAGAAGAGGAAGAUGAAAUACCAAAAAAGCGCCGCCGUUUAGAAAUCGCUAGAGUCAAUGCCACAGAAUCCGAGGAUUUUGAAUCCAUCUCACAAAAUACUUCCAGAAAACUCAAGAUACGUGAAGCAUCCUCACACAGCGAAGACGAUUACUACUCACCUGGGCACCCCAAAAAGGUAAAGAAACAUCAUCGGAAGAGACUCGAUAAGGAUGAAGAUAAUUUUACUGUAACUGGGGGCGUGAGUGAGGAUCGUACAGAUGAUGAUGAUGAUGAUGACGAUGACGAUGAUGGUGAUGGUGAUUAUAUUGUUGAGGAGGAAGCCGCAACGAUGAAGCUCAGAAAGAGAAAAGCAAAGUCAGUAGAGGUAGAUGACUUGCAAAAAUUAGAUGAUGGAGACGAGAAGUACUAUCAGAAAAGACUGAAGAAGUGGUCAGUUUCACGGCGCACGGCUAGGAAUCGAGAAAAUAAAUCGAACGGUGGUACCGCCAAAGGCUUAAACCCUAAUCCCCAGCUUGAGGAAUGGUAUAUGCCCCAUCCAAACAAGGCAGAUGCAGUAUUUAGUGGGGGGUUCAAGAUACCAGGAGACAUAUUCCCUUCCCUCUUCGAUUAUCAAAAAAUUGGCGUACAAUGGCUUUGGGAGCUCCACGCUCAAGAUGCCGGUGGAAUUAUCGGUGAUGAAAUGGGACUUGGAAAAACCAUUCAGAUAAUCUCCUUUAUUGCGGGUCUACAUCAUAGCAAUAUGUUACGAAAACCAGUACUCAUAGUUGCCCCGGCUACCGUCCUAAAACAAUGGGCGAAUGAGUUUCAUCUUUGGUGGCCACCGCUCAGGGUGUCCAUUCUUCACAGUAGUGGAAGUGGAAUGCUGAAUGUUAAACAAGAAGAUUCUGAUGAACUUCUCGAGGAAGAAAAAUCAUUUUCGGGGAGAAAGUCUCAAGUAGGAGCAAGAAAGAUUGUCAGCAAAGUUUUUGAUAAAGGACAUGUUCUUAUUACGACUUAUGCUGGACUCAAGAGUUAUGGAGAUUUGCUACUAAAUGAGGAAUGGGAAUAUGCAAUUCUCGACGAAGGACACAAGAUUCGUAACCCCAACGCUGAGAUAUCGCUCUCAUGCAAAAAACUCAAGACUCGUCACCGGAUAAUCCUUUCCGGAACCCCUCUACAAAAUAACCUAUCCGAGCUUUGGAGUCUCUUUGAUUUCGUUUUCCCAGGUCGUCUUGGGACUUUACCUAUUUUCCAGAACGAGUUCGCGACACCAAUUAAGAUGGGCGGUUACGCCAAUGCCUCAAAUGUCCAGGUUCAAACUGCCUAUAAAUGUGCAGUUGUUCUACGUGAACUUAUCAGUCCCUACCUGCUGCGCCGACUCAAAGUUGAUGUUGCUGCAGAUCUACCAAGCAAAAAUGAGUACGAAAAGUUUCUGGAAAGCAAGCAAUGUGCGCAAAUUUUGGACGGGAAACUAAACAGUUUGUUCGGAAUCGAUAUACUGAGAAAGAUAUGUAACCACCCAGAUCUGGUGGAUCGGGCUACACUUAUGCACGCAAAAGACUAUGAGUAUGGGAAAGGCGCAUAUUCUGGAAAAAUGCAGAUUACAAAAUCACUCCUGCAACUUUGGAAACAGCAAGGCCAUCGUACACUCCUGUUUGCACAAACACGUCAAAUGCUUGAUAUUCUAGAACACUUCGUCAAGAGCUUUCAAGACUUCAAUUAUCGGCGUAUGGACGGCAAUACUGCAAUUCAACAUCGACAGGAACUUGUCGAUGAGUUUAAUAGAGACACUAGUAUCGACGUCUUCUUACUAACCACAAAAGUUGGUGGUUUGGGGGUUAACCUUACUGGUGCAGAUAGAGUUGUCAUUUUUGAUCCAGAUUGGAAUCCCUCGACGGACAUGCAAGCCCGAGAGAGGGCUUGGAGACUUGGGCAGAAAAAGUCAGUCACCAUCUACAGGCUAUUAACCGCAGGAACAAUUGAAGAAAAAAUAUACCAUCGGCAGAUUUACAAACAGCAUCUGGCAUUGAAAGUUCUUACUGAUCCAAAUCAGAAGCGGUUUUUUAAAGCGGAUGACUUGCAUGACUUGUUCAAACUCGGUGACUCGACUGUUGGGACUGAGACGGGGAAUAUGUUCCGGGGUGCCGAGAAGAUAUAUGGCGAGGGUAUCUCUUCAGAUACCACAGCGGCGGCACCAGAAGAAAACGACGAUGACCCAAUGGAACUGCGGAAGAUUGCAGGAGUGGCUGCACUGGAAAAUUUUUCCAACGACGCUAGCGAGGAAAAUAUUGCCAAUCAAGAUAAAACCGACGAAAUGCGGUUCAUGGAAAGCAUCUUCGGGGGCUCUGGCGUCCUUAGUGCUCUAGAGCACGACACUGUGAUGAAUGCCUCCAAUACACAAGUUAAUUUUGCAGAAAAACAGGCCACAAAGGUCGCUGAAGCCGCCGCAAAGGCACUGCGUGAAUCUAUCAGGACAACCCAAGCCGCAUCUAUUGGAACUGUAACGUGGACUGGGAAAUUUGGCAGUGCUGGAAAGGAGGAAAAUAAAGAAUUGCCCGUCAUCCCUACAGCAGCGGGUCUGUUGGCUACUAUGCGGAGAAGAAAUAACGCUACUAGCGGAGGUGGCACUAGCUCUAACUCAAAUUCAAGGUCUGGAAGUAGAAACCCCAGUGUAAAACCCAUUAUUUCAUCGCCACGGCAGUAUCACCAAAAGGAGGACGGAUUGAUUACGAGGUUGCGAGAAUAUAUGAGAGAUAAUGGUGGGAAUGCAACCUCUGUAGAAAUCUCUGGAUUUGCAAAAGGGGUGAUUGAAGCUGGAGACAAGCAGAGGAUGGACGAAUUCAGGCACAUGUUGAAGGAAAUAGCAAUACUAAAGAAACAAGACAGAACUUGGAGCCUAAAAAAAGAGUUUAUGUGA